AUGGUGGCCUCGCUGCUGCCUUUUGUGUAUAAAUACGACCUCGUCUCUCCAUCCUUUGCUGUGCAGAAGGCAGGAAGAGAACUGAAGCAGAAGCAGAGGUCGCUGAACAUCUGCUGCUGCGUCACCGUACCUGAAGAGGAAGGAGGAGAGGAGAAGCCACAAGGCAGCGAGGAUGUACAACGCGCCGCCGCCGCCGCAGGACAUGUCCUACUACGACCACUGCCAGAAGCGCCACGAGGAGAAGGGCUGCCUCUACGGAUGCAUCUUCACGGCGCUGUGCUGCUUCUGCUGCUACGAGACCUGCGAGUGCUGCCUCGACUGCCUCUGCUGCUGCUGCAACUAGGCCGGGCUCCGGCUCCAGAGGACGGUCCAGAUGCAGAUGGAGAUCGCCUCCGUCUCUUCUACCUACCUAGUGAUGAUGAUGAUUCAGUUUCAGUAGCCUGCUUCCUUUAG